UUUCUCACUCUUUGUUCCUCGACGGUCAUUUCAUCAGUUUUACAAAGAAGAGAGAGAGGGGAGACGAGACAGAGAGAAACCCAUGGCUAGGUUUGCAUAGCCUUUGCUCGGGUUUCUCUGGUCUUUACCAGCCGAUAAUUCAUUAAAAUCAACGUAAUUUUCCCCUGUUCCUCUUUUAGAUUGUUUGCUGCAAAAUUUUGCAACAAAAAAUGGCCGAUGCUUUGAUUUCUUAUCCUCUCAUAUCUCCACCUGUCUUUGCUAGGGUUUAUUUGGGCCUCUGCAGAAGGUAAUUCUAUCGAAUUACUGUAAAACUUCUCUUUUUUGCCCCUUCUAAAACUUUGAUUUUUUGCGAUUUCUGCAAAACAAUGUCGGAUCCUUUGAGUUCUUCUCCUCUCAUAUCUCCACCUGUUCUCCCUGAAUCUGGAAUUCAAAUGGAGAGGGACUCGAUUGACCUCGAAGCUGGACCUGGAGAACAAAAUCAAUGCAGAAUUUGCCUCGAAACUGAUGGAAGAGAUUUCAUCGCCCCAUGUAAGUGCAAAGGAACUUCGAAGUAUGUCCAUCGUGAGUGCUUGGAUCAUUGGCGAGCCAUAAAGGAAGGCUUUGCUUUUGCGCAUUGUACAACUUGCAAGUCUCCUUACCACUUGAGAGUGCAUGUUCCUGCUGAUAGAAAGUGGCGAACAUUGAAGUUUCGCUUUUUUGUUACUCGUGAUAUAAUGUUUAUUUUUGCUGCUGUCCAACUUGUAAUUGCUUCAUUGGCUUACUUGGUGUAUUUAAUUGACAAUUAUCAGAACUAUUGGCUACGGUUGGCCUGGGGUUUUGAUAGUAAAGUUAGUUUUUACUAUAUAUGCGGGGCUUUAUUGUUUUUCUUUUUUCUCGGGUUAUCUGGAUGCUUUAUAACUUGUUAUGAUAGACGAGUGCGGAAUGACCUCGCCCAACCAUGUCGAGAACUGUGCCUUUGUUGCUGCCAUCCUGGAGUUUGCGCUGACUGCCACUUACCAGGCACCAUAUGCAUGUGGACGGAUUGUGCCACUUGCUUUGAGAGCUGUGCAAGCACUGUAGGGGAAUGUGGAACCUGCUUAGGGGGUGCUGGUGAAGCUGGGCUUCCUAUACUACUAAUUGUUGGGAUCAUCAUCUUAGGGCUCUUCACUGUGGUAGGGAUAUUUUACAGCGUGCUCGUGGCUACCAUGGUGGGGCAGAGGAUUUGGCAGCGCCAUUACCAUAUUCUUGCCAAAAGGAUGCUUACAAAAGAAUAUGUGGUGGAGGAUGUGGAUGGUGAGGCGAUGGAACCUAAUUGGAGCCCUCCGCAGCUCCCUCCAGAACACAUUCAGCAGUUGAAGUCUCUUGGGUUGCUGUAAUUUAUCUCUGGUUUUCUCAGUGCUUAAGAAUUGGCCUAUUCGUCGUACAGAGAAAAGCUUGAGGAUUGGGUUCUAAAAAAGCUGAAAGAACUAGGAUGAACUAGAGUCCUCUUUUAAUAGCAUUGAAACUCGUCGCAGUUGUGGCACUGAGAUGAAUUAUUUCUUUUUUUUGAAAUAUUGUAUGUAUUUGCAGCUUUGUUUCUAGCAGCUCCUAAAUGAAGAGGACUUUGCUGAUCUAUGUAUCUUAAGUGAUAAGAAAUGGCUUCAACCAUUGUAAAUUUUAGAUGAAGCUCCACAGAAUGAUGGCUUUUCGUAAAAAAAAUAGGGGUUCUGAGAAA